AUGGAGUCUGACAAGGACCAAACUUUGGCUUCUGGGUCACAAGUGACCCCUCAGAUUUCCCAGGGUAACCCGGGGGAAGGGACUAUGUCCCAUGAUUUAUCCGCUACUGCGGACAUACAGGCGCUAUUCGACACCUCGGUUUCACGAUCCAUAUCACAGGCUAUGGUCUCCGCUAUGGGCGCUGUGUCGACGUCUCAGUCACACAGUAUUACACAGGCCAUCUUGCAGGUCCAUCAAUCUGCGCAGCAGACUGGCACGUCAACUGCAUCUAGUGUAACAACGGCCCCCCAAGGUCGCAAAGCUACGGCUAAGACCAAACACUCCUCCAAAACUGCUUUGAGCGACAGUCUCACUUCUGUCUCAGAUGGCGCGCAACCACCACCACGCAAAAUAGCCACUAGCCGGGCAAAAUCAGCUAGAUUAUGGAAGCGGGCGAGAGCCCAACUAGACUUGUCUGAGUCAGAACUCAGCGACUUUAAAGAGGAAAUGGAUGAGUCCGACAAGGACGAUUUAGAGGGUCAGUCCAAGUCAGACUCCGACAGUGCAUUGGGAGAGGAUUCUGCCUCCUCCUUAGGCACCUUCCCCGUGACGUUGUCAGGUGCCCAGGUAAGUUUGUCAGGGUCUGGCGACGAUUCCAGGAUUAUAGAUCCUCAGGGGGUACCUCUUUUCAACCCUGUUGA